CUGAAAGUGACCUGCCUAUCACACAGUCUUCAGACAGAGUUGAAUUCGGAUCGCCAUCAUCCUCGUCGUCGUAGCCUGCCGCCGGUCUCGUGGUCAACUCUGUCUGAAUGUUGUCGUCCCACUUUUUAAGUUUUUAAUUAGUUUAUUGAAAGUUUUUACUCCCAAUUAUUUUUUCUCGGGGCGUGUGUUGCUAGAAAAUCGUAUCGUGUUGAGUGUCAAGCUAUAGAAUCUGUUAUCUGUGUACCUUAUUUGUGAUAUCAUAACCAAACGCAACAAAUAGUUUAUAAUAAUCAACCAAUUUUGUUGCCUAAUAAUAAUCAUUUAACAUAAACGCGACUAACGGAAACUGUGGAACAAGAGGCGAUUACAUAAGCACGACCAGCGGCGAAAUGGAUUACGUAACACUCGUGUGGCAUGCACUGUGAAUGAAGAAGCAACAGCCCACUGCUGAGGAGAGCAUCUUCGUACUAGCCAAUACGGCGGAAAAUCAAAAUUAGAUGGCGGCCAAGUGAAAAUCCCCCUUUCUAGCCGAAGGUUAAGACGUUCAAUUAUUGCUGGCUUCACAGAAAUUAAUCGCCAGCCAAUUCGCCACGCCCAUUGGCACGGUAAGCCGCCGUGAAGUUGGAAGCAAAGUACGGGCAUAUUUAUGCGCACAAGUGAUAACCACGGAACGGUCAACGGAGCAGAGCAUUCGCUGCGCUAGGAAAGGUACGGCACGGGCACCACAGUGAGCCAAGUGGGAGAUCCAUAACCGGAGUCAGAACAAGAGUGAGAGCCGGGAGGUUUCGGCCACUGCCACAGCAUCACCAUGAAGGGCUUGACGGCGUUUAAGGAGAAGGCAUCGGGCGUGUUUGGCGGCCUCAAGCCGAACAUGGAGAAGUUCGAGAUAUCUCAGAGCUACCACACCGGACACGGCGGGUACGAGGAGAUGGAGGGCGGCGAGCGCGAGGGCCACGGACCCGGCGGCGGCCACGCCUACGACGACGACGAUGACCGGCCCGACUCGCCCGCCUCGUUUGAGGAGAUAGAACGUCCGCCGCUCCGGAAGAUCGACAAGUACUGCAAGGCGGAGUGCCCAUGCAUGCCAGCCCGCUACACCAUCGCCACCAUGGCCUGCGUGGGUUUCAUGAUCGCCUUCGGCAUGCGCUGCAAUAUGUCGGCGGCGAAGCUAAAGGGCGAGCACAACGGGACGGUUUUCAUGAACUGGACGGUUGCCGUGGAGAGCCAUGUGGACUCGUCCUUCUUCUGGGGCUAUCUGGUGACGCAGAUUCCCGGCGGCUUCAUUGCAUCCAAGUUUCCGGCCAACAAGAUAUUCGGCCUGUCCAUCGUCAGCUCGGCAACGCUGCAUCUGUUCGUGCCCUUUGCCAUGACGCUGAUGCACGGCCACGUGGUGAUUGGUGUGCGCGUGCUGCAAGGACUCUUCGAGGGUGUAACGUAUCCGGCCUGUCACGGCAUCUGGCGGUUCUGGGCGCCACCCAUGGAACGCUCUCGUUUGGCUACCCUAGCCUUUUCGGGAUCCUAUGCUGGCGUCGUGGUGGGGCUGCCCCUGUCCGGGCUGCUGGCCGAUACCGUGGGCUAUCAGGCGCCGUUCUAUGCCUACGGGGUGUUUGGGAUUAUUUGGUACAUGUUCUGGAUAUGGCUAUGCUUUGAGAACCCGCGAAAGCAUCCGGCCAUCAGCAUUCCCGAGCUGAAGUACAUCGAAAAGUCGCUGGGAGAGUCCGCCCAUCCGACGAUGCCAUCGCUGAAGACGACGCCCUGGCGGGAAAUAAUGCACUCGAUGCCGGUCUAUGCCAUCAUAGUGGCCAACUUCUGUCGAUCCUGGAACUUCUACCUGCUGGUCUUGUUCCAAUCCUCGUUCCUCAAGCACAAGUUCGGCUUCAAGGUGGAGGAGGCUGGCUUUGUGGGAUCCCUGCCUCAUCUGAUCAUGACAACGAUUGUGCCGUUCGGCGGUAUGCUGGCGGAUCAUCUGCGAAAGAAUGGCAUCCUGUCCACCACGAAUGUGAGAAAGCUGUUCAACUGCGGUGGGUUUGGGAUGGAGGGCCUGUUCUUCCUAUUCGUGGCACAUUCCUCGACGGCGACGGGAGCCAUGUUUGCCUUGACUUGUGGCGUGGCCUUCAGCGGGUUUGCCAUAUCAGGCUACAACGUCAACCAUUUGGAUAUUGCUCCACGCUAUGCGAGUAUCUUAAUGGGUCUCUCGAACGGUAUUGGCACGCUGGCAGGGAUCAUAGUGCCAUACGCACUGGAUGGUCUCAUACAGGCCAAUCCCACUGGCUGCUGGACCACUGUGUUCACCCUGGCCGCAUGUGUUCAUCUGGUGGGCUGCACUUUCUACGGCAUCUUCGCCUCUGGAGAGCUGCAGCCCUGGGCCGAGCCGCCGGCCGAGGAGCAGCAGGUGUGGGCCCCACCGGCGGGAGCCAUCACCAACACGGAUCCCAGCCAGGCAGGCAUGAUGGGCAACUACAUGAAGGAGACCUCAUUCGGUGCACCCGAGUACAAUGAGCAGAGCCAAAUGCAGCAAUCAAGUUCCAUUAGCUAUGGCGCCACCGGGCACGUGGCCAACAAUCCAUUUGCCAUGGCCGCCAGUGCCCCCAUUGCCGAGGAACCCGCCCCGCCGCCGUACGACGAUGUGGCCUACAACUACGACUACACGCAAGGACAACCCCAGCCGGGACAGCCAGGCCAGCCAGGACAGCCGCCGUACGACCCGCAGUCCUACCAGCAGCAAUAAAGGAAUCACUUUAGUCACUGAUAUAUAUCAUAGCUCUUAGUUGUAGUUGGAAAUUGUUUACCGUUUAUCGUUUGUUCUUGGUGUGUCGUUAAAGUUAUUCUAUCGCAUUAUACGUUCGGUUUUAUUCCAAGAACUGGGGUCGCUAGUCACAUAGUUAUAAAUACGAGACACUACAGCUGAGUAAAGUACUAUAAAGGAAACUUGUUCAAUCGAAUUUUCAGCAAGGAACGCCACAAGCCACACUAACACAAAGAAACUAUGUACCUAACAGAGAAACUACAUAUGCAUACAUGACAUUACAUAACAAUACCGUUACUCAACGACACUGGAAGGCACUCUCGAUCUGUAACUGUAACUGUAACGAUCUAUAGGUCUUAAGGCACCAUCGCUUCCGCGAAUUUCUAUUUACAAGCUCCAACCGAAAAAACAAAGCAAAAGGGAAAGGGAAAUAGUGGAUAGGACAGAAGGCAUAUAUAACAUUUGUGUAUAUCAUAAACUACAUGCAUAACCCAGACAUGCACCAGGUCUCAAAGAAUAUUACUAUGCAUAAACCGAUAUAUAUGUAUGUAUUAUGUAUAUUACUACACUUAAUUAUAGCUACAAAUUGUUGUUAACUAUGCAAAUAUAAAAACUGCAAGUUUUAUUACCGUUGACGAUAUUAUCUCUGUGCAAAGAUCCGCCCCACAGGGCGCCAGUAUCCAGGCCUGAGAACAUUUUAAUCUUAAAAUACAAGAGAAAAACUAAGCAAUUGUUGAUGUUCGGCACGAAUGAUAUCCAUAGUACAUACUAACUAAUCCGAUAUUCAUAUAUGGUUAUUGUUUCAUUGUUUGUUUAACUUACAUACUUAUAAACACAUGUAUAUGCAUUUGAAUUUGGAAAACAUGAGCAAGGCACGAUGUAGGUACUAAAAUAUAUAUUUGAGUAGAUAGCAGUACGCACAUAUAACCUCAGACUUGGUCUUCAUAUACUCGUCACACACUAGCACAGGCAAAGGGUCGAUUUCUUAUCGUCCAAAUAAACAAUUUAAAAAAACUUAUCAUUUUUUUAUAGCUGCACAUUUUUGUUUAAAAAUUGAAAUAUACUUAGAGCAAAUCCGUUGGCAAUUUCUUACAUCACUUAAUUUUUUACAAGAAAAAAAAUGACUGCAUAAAUAAAUUACAUACAAAUGUUGGACUCCAUUUUGGCGCUAAGAAAUCGACCCUAAAACUGUUAGUAAAUUAUUAAACAUUUAAGAGUUUAUUUGGGCUUUAUUCACAGAAAAACAUUAUCAAUAAACAUAUUUGUAUUUUUCAAUAUUCUGCAUGGCAUAACAUUUCACAACAUUUUUUAUGAAAUUUAACUGCUGAAAGAAAAGUCCAAAUAAACCCUCAAAACAUCACUAAUAUUAACUAAUUAAAUUAUGCUAUAUGGAUUAUCAUAUACAAACUACACAUAUUUAGAAAAUUGUUUAUUGUAAAUAUGAAUUAUUAUAAUAGAAAAAUUCAAAAAACUUGCUUUAUCAUUUAAUUUUAAAAAAAUGCACCAUUUAAAUUAAUUUUAUUUUUUUAUUUUUUAUUAUUUUAUGUGUUCUGUUAACUAAUGCACAUUUUAAUUUAAUGCACUAUUUAAAUAGCACUAUUUAUAUAUAUUUAAUUCAGUUAUUCAAUGCACCAAUAUUAAUUUUUUGUUCUUCUUAAAACCUCCUUUAAAUGCACUCACUUUCCAAUAUCCUUUUCAUAACCCUUUACAUAUUACUAUCUAAUCGUGUGUGCAGUACUUUAACAACAAAUUUACCUAGGAAUAAGUAUCAAAAUAUAUAUAUGCCUAUAUUUAAAUGUAACUUAAUCAAUUUAUUCACAAUUAAAUCACUAUGUAAUAAAUAUGUGAAAAUUUUCUAACUAAAAGAGUCAAUUCUUAUACCGUAAUUUGUACAGCGCAGCGAAUAUAUAUAAACGUAUAUAAUCAAACAAAAUUAAAGUAUAUAAGUAGCACGUAAUUAUGGAAUUUUUAAAUCGAACAUGGGGAUAAAUACUUCGUGUUUGAUCCAUGAAAAUGACAACCCCAACUGCUUGUGAAAGUGACAAUACCUAGUGAAGUAAGCCUAGUUUAUAGUUCAUUAGCUAUUAUUUAAAAUUAAUUAAUGUUCAGUUCUCUUCUGUUUAGAUUCGGGCACAAGCUUUGAAUGCUUCUCAAAAUGUUGGCCCCUUGGGCAUAUGUGUAAUAUUAGAGUAAUUGCGAACCCAUUAUGUACAUAAAAUCAUAGAGAAAUGCAACUGGAAGUCGUCUAUAUACUAGCGUAGAUAUCUUGUCACAGUUUGUCAGAGGAGAGAUGAACACUUACGAGGCUCUCACUAGUCAUUUGCUCAUCUAAUCGCAUUGAGUUCUGUAUCUCAUUUUCUGUUUGAGAGAUACUCAAGCUCUCGGGGCUGUGUGGACAAUAAUAGCAGGAGUAUGUUAGCCGAAAAGCCACAUAUGAAAACACUUAAUCACAACAACAGACAUGACAGUUUGUAUAUAAUACAACCUAUAUGCAUGCAUAUGUAUCUUAUUAGCUAAGAGCACUAUUAAAUGCUUCAGUGAGCAAAAUAUCCAAGUGUAUAUAAUGCCAAAUUUAUAGGGAAACCAUAUUAAACCAAUAACUAAAUGUUAUAGGGGUAAACUAUGAAUGAUAACUAUAGCCACAUCGUGCCAGAACCGGCUACGUACUUAUAGAGCAUUUUAACUCCCAGUCGAACAUAAAUGUUGUAUGCAAAAACCGACCUAGGAAACGCUGAGCAGCCAUAUAAAUAAACCAUACACUCUCAUCGGAAGGGAACAACAAUUGACGGACAAGUACCAUACAUUUGUAUAUUCCAAACCAGACGUAAUAUAUACGAGUAUUAUGCAUAUAAAAUAUCCAUACUAUAGAUGUAAAAAAAGAAGUCACAUUAAUUCAUGUUAAACAAUAUAAAAGAAUUGUUCGGAUGGGAUAGGCUAUCAAUACUGGAACUGUGUAUAUAUAUUAAACAAAAUAAAACAAUGUAUUCUUUGUGUUUAUUGAGCGUUCUGUAUGCAAAUUGCUAAAAAUUAAAUCAAAAUCAAAUAUUUAAGAAACGAAUGGAGAUCCCUUUUCUGGCAACACCCGCCCAUGUUGUAUAAUUUUAAUGGUCGAUAAACCGAAUUAAUAUACAUAUACUUAUAUACGUACAUACAUAUAUACUUCGAUGUAUGCUCAUAACAGAAGAAAACACUUUAAUAAUACUCAUAAAAUGUAACUAAAACGAUUACAGAAGACUCGAGCACAAUAAAAAAGAUUUUCGUUUAAGAUCCAGCUUUGCAAAAUAAUUUACCAAAUUACCAUGUUACUCAAAUUUAUUUAAAAAACUUAUGACACUGAGACCGAGAAAGAAACCCCCUGAAUGACAUCUGGCUAUACGAAUUACCAUAUUUAAACGUCUAAACGAAAUCGAAACAAAACAAAAUUAUACCUUAACAAAUGUAUUUGGAACUCAAUAAAAUGAACUUGUUAAGAAUUAUGCCAACAAA